AUGGGAAAAUCAACAAAGGACAAGAAAGGGAAACCGGAGACGACCAAGAAGUUUUCAAAGCCGAAAAUUGAUAAGAAAGAAAAUUCCGGUGAGAAAAAAGCCGUUCCGAAGGCGACUGAAAAUAAAAAGGUUGACAAAUCAUCUGGAGAGAGCUCAAAGCUUGAAUCUAAGGUAGAGACCAUGGAUGAUUGGGAUUUGGAAUUUGAACUGGAAGACCAACCCGGAUGGAGACCGCCUGCCAGGAAGAAGAGAGUUGUUCCGGAGUCGGAAGAUGAGGAUGAGGAAGAUGAGUAG